GUUUGCAAGAGCAGGCGAUGAGCAGACUGCACCCACAGAAGGAAGAAGAAAUAGCCAUAAGAACCAUUUGAGGGGCCAAAAAAAAAAGAAGUCAAAAUGACAGUGGACUUUGAAGAUUGUGUCAAAGAUUCCCCUCGUUUCAGGGCGACGAUUGAAGAGGUGGAGACCGAUGUGGUGGAAAUCGAAGCAAAACUGGACAAGUUGGUGAAGCUGUGCAGUGGGAUGAUCGAAGCUGGCCGAGCCUACACCGUCGCCAACAAACACUUUGUGACCGGCAUCCGUGACCUUUCCCAGCAGUGCAAGAAAGACGAGACCAUAUCGGAAUGCCUGGAGAAGUUUGGAGAAAGUUUACAGGAAAUGAUCAACUACCACAUGAUUCUCUUCGAUCAGGCUCAGAGGUCCGUACGGAUGCAGCUGCACAACUUUGUGAAAGAGGACGUGCGGAAGUUUAAGGAAACGAAGAAGCAGUUUGACAAGGUGCGGGAGGACAUGGACCUGGCGCUGGUGAAGAACGCUCAAGCCACGAGGAGCAAGACCCACGAGGUGGAGGAGGCCACGGGGAUGCUGACCAUGACACGGAAAUGCUUCCGACACCUGGCUCUGGAUUACGUCCUUCAGAUCAAUGUCCUUCAGGCAAAGAAGAAGUUCGAAAUCCUGGACUCGAUGCUAUCCUUUAUGCACGCACAGUACACGUUCUUCAAGCAAGGCUACGACUUGCUAAAUGAGUUGGAUCCUUACAUGAGAAAGUUAGCAACAGAGUUGGACCAGCUGGUGAUCGACUCGGCGGUGGAGAAGAGGGAAAUGGAGCACAAGCACGCGCUCAUUCAGCAGCGGACUCUGUUACAGGACUUCUCCUACGAUGAUUCCAAGGCGGAGUUCAACGUCGAUGCUCCCAAUGGCGUGGUGAUGGAAGGGUAUCUGUUCAAGAGGGCAAGCAAUGCCUUUAAAACGUGGAACAGGAGGUGGUUUUCCAUUCAAAACAGCCAAUUGGUUUAUCAGAAAAAGAUGAAGGACGCACUGACUGUUGUGGUCGAGGACCUGCGCCUUUGCUCCGUGAAACCCUGCGAGGACAUCGAGAGGCGAUUUUGCUUUGAGGUGGUCUCUCCAAACAAGAGCUGUAUGCUGCAGGCGGACUCUGAGAAACUGCGACUGGCUUGGAUCCAGGCUGUGCAGGCCAGCAUCGCGACGGCAUACAGGGAAAGCCCAGACAACAACUACAUCAAUAGACUGGACCGAACAGCCUCCCCGUCCACCAGCAGCAUCGACUCAGCCAGCGAAUCCCGCGAGCGCGGUGGCAAGGGCGACAGCAUCCUGCAACGGGUUCAGGGGAUCGCGGGCAACGAGCAGUGCUGCGACUGUGGGCAGCCGGAUCCCCGCUGGGCGAGCAUCAACCUGGGCAUCACUCUGUGCAUCGAGUGCUCGGGCAUUCACAGGAGUCUUGGGGUUCAGUGUUCCAAAGUCCGCUCGCUCACCCUGGAUUCCUGGGAGCCUGAGUUGCUCAAGUUGAUGUGUGAGCUGGGGAACAACACUAUGAACCAGAUUUACGAGAGCAAAUGUGGGGAACAGGCAGCCAAGAAGCCACAGCCAGGAAGCACCAGGCAGGAGAAGGAGACCUGGAUAAAAGCCAAAUACGUGGAGAAGAAAUUCCUUAAGAAGCUCCCGAACAGUGAGGUGCUGGUGGAGAGCGAGCGCAAGCCCCGGCGCUGGAGCGUGAAGAAAUGCCGGCGGCAGAACAGCUCGUCCAAAGCCCCGACCGCUCGCCGACGAUACCGCCAGGACACGUGCAACGCCUCCCCGGCAACGCUGGCUUCAGCCGCCGCGCUGGAGAGAAAGUUCCGGAGGGAUUCGCUCUUCUGCCCGGAUGAACUGGACUCGCUCUUCUCCUACUUCGACACCACAGCGGCCGGGCCUCGCAGUCCCGCAGGUUUGAGCAGUGACAGUGGGCUGGGCGGCAGCACGGACGGGAGCACGGAUAUUCUGGUGUUUGGCACCAUAGUGGACAUCGUCACUGAAGAAGUGAGCGAGGUCUCGGAGGAAUCGAGCGGGGAGCCGGAGAUGGAGCACGAGCAGUCGGACACGGAGGACCUGCGGGAGCUGCACCCCGGGAUCCUGGUGUACAAGGCGGCUCACGCCCGGAACCUGGCCGUCAUGGCUGAGGCCCUGGCACACGGCGCGGACGUCAAUUGGGUCAACGACGAGGAUGAGAACAAGACGCCACUGAUCCAGGCGGUGAUCGGGGGCUCGCUGGUGGCUUGUGAGUUUCUGUUGCAGAACGGGGCUGACGUCAAUCAAAAGGACAUCCGGGGUCGAGGCCCCAUUCACCACGGCACCUACCUGGGCCACACCGGCCAGGUGUGUCUGUUUCUCAAACGCGGAGCCAGUCAGAACGCUGUGGAUGAGGACGGACAGGAUCCACUGAGCAUCGCUGUGCAAGCUGCAAACGCAGACAUUGUGACACUGUUGCGACUGGCAAGAAUGAACGAAGAGAUGCGAGAGGCCGAGGGACCCUUCGGACAGCCAGGCGACGAGACGUACCUGGACAUCUUCAGGGAGUUCUCCCACAUGGCGUCCAACAAUCCAGAGAAACUCAACAGAAGAAGUUUCCACUUCAGCCACUCGUACGGCACGGCGAGGCGGUGUUCCCCUGCACAGCGGGCCUCUUCUGCCCCAGCGUCAGGAACAGUUCAGGUGACAAACACCAGAGGCUCUGAGGAAGGGAGAGUGAGCGGCCGCUGAGUGAAUCAUGGCCAGAGAGCCUCGUGACCGAGAGGUGGUUUCCACCUCUGACUCUUAAUUGUCGUCGACUCUAAUCGACAGUUGACGUGGUUUUAGUCGUUGUCCCCUACCCCACCCCACUUCCUUCCCAAUUUCUAAGUAGGUCAACAAGAAGCUAGGUUCUGCCUCAACGUCCCAGGGCCUUGGGACAUCCUCCCGACGUGAAAGGCACUGUACAAAUGUAAUUUAGUAUUGUAUUGGAUCCUGGAUUCCCGACACUUCUCCUUUCCAGUCUCCCACUUUGCCACUGUGGCGAGAUUUUUAGUGCAAAACCCAGAUGCUGGCUGCUUUACACUGUUCACACUUAUGUAGACUUGUGUGUUCAGCUCAUGAAUGUAAACUCUCGUUUGCUCUAUUGACCCCCAUCUCCUCGGUGACGUGUGCAAUACUGUUAGACGUGCGGCGGAGUGCAAUUUCUUCCACGUUUGGUUGUAGCUUAGCGACCACUCAAUUCAAUUCAGACACAUUUGGUACCACGAUCAUUAACCCCGUGUAAUCGCUCCCCAGCCAUAAGGUGGUGGGGAGUAAGCCGGGGGAUCUUUAUGAAUGGGAGAUGUUAAUGCCAGUCGCUGGUAUGUUUCCAGUAGGACUGGUCGGGACAAUGCAAGUCCUCAUAUAUGUGAUAGGAAUAAGUUGGGAAGGUGCAGGCUACCCUUUGAAGGCAACUGAUCGAUUAAUUUACUGCCGGGAUGAAUGAGAUAGAAAAACUGAGCUGUGUAUAAUGGAUGAACACAGCGUUGUUGAUUUCAUACUUCUAUCAUUCAGAAAUGUAGAGCCAGGUUGGUAUUAUUUCAUCCCAAGUGCACCCAGGAUCAACCUGCACAACCAGUUUCAGUUUGCGGUAUUUCUUAACAGAUUUCUUAACAAGGAAUAAGUAAUGAUUUGAAUUUCCAGAAAGAUUCACCCGACUGUUGGCAAUCGUUGCUGCACAAUUUGCGCUCUUUCUGACAGAAUAAUCAUCCGAUCAUUUGCUCUUUGUGAAAUAACACGUUAUUUAUUGCCAAUUCAUAGAAAAACGCAUAUAAAGGCACAGUUCGCUGUGAAAGGUGUUUCUUUUAAAGCACGCAAUUUGAUUUGCUAUAAUCGACUGCAUCACAUUGUCCAUUCAUAAUGUAUUAUAACUAAGGACUGAAAGUGUAGAUUAUACAGGUAUAAUCUAUACAGUUUACAUAUACAGCCUUUGUACAUAAUGUAUAUGCAAUUUAGCAAGUAGCAAGUAAUAUAUCAGUCAUGAAGAAACAAAGUAUAUAUUUUUUAUUUCAAUCAGUGAUCCAUGUAACCGGAGGGACAUCAUAUUGUUUGUAUUUAGAGAAUGACAUACAAAUAUUCUUUAAUAAUAAUAAUAAUAAUAAUAAAAUGGACCCGUUC